AUGGCACAAGUCACGAACCCCGCGGCGGGGGCCGGGGAGCUCUUCGUCAACGGGCGCAUCUUCCUCCACAACGCCGACACCGGCCUCGAAACCCAGCCGUCGUUCGCGGAGAGCAUGUUUGUCGCCGGCGGACUCAUCCAGGACAUCGGCACCACAGAAGAACUCAGGGCAAAGCAUGCAUCGGCGGACAUUACAACACAUGAUCUCUGGGGCAAAACAGUCCUGCCCGGCUUCGUCGAUGGGCAUGUCCACCUGCUGCUCCUGGGCCAGUCGCUGCGCAAGCUCAGCCUCGAACACUGCAAGUCCCUCGAGGACAUCCGCGCCGCCGUCAAGGAAUACGCCGUCGCGAACCCGGACGUCCCGCGCAUCAUGUGUAAGCUAUGGAUGCACUCCAUGACCCCUGACGGCGUCGACAAGACCAUGCUGGACGACAUCGACCCGCGCCCAAUCUUCAUCGACACCAAGGACCUUCACUCGACGUGGUGUAACACGGCCGGCAUAAAGGAGCUCGGCAUCGAGCACAUGCCUGACCCGUCUGGAGGAAAGAUCCACCGCGACGCUGAGGGCAAGGCCAUCGGUCUGCUCAGCGAAGCUGCAGUGCUCACCAUAGUAUGGCCUCAUCUAGCUCAGGUGGCGCCCAAGAGAGAUCGGAUGGAUGCCAUCAAAGCCGCAGUUGAGACGUACAACGCCUCUGGCUACACGGGGCUGGUUGAGAUGGCCAUGGACGAGCCGGCAUGGGACGCCGUCUGCUCGCUGCGAGCCGAGGAGCCCAACCUGCCCAUGCGCAUCCACGCCUACUGGCUCAUCAGACCAUCCGAAUCCGAGGAGGAGCGCUUCAGGCAGGUGGACCGGGCCAUCGAGCUGCAUGCCGAGCUGAAUAAGACGACCUCCCCCGACCUGCGCAUCGUAGGCAUCAAGAUCAUCACCGACGGCAUCAUUGACGCCUGCACCGCCCACCUGUCCGAGCCCUAUGCCGAGGUUGGCUCGCCGCCCCCCUUCUGGACUGCGGAGCAGCUCGGCCCCGUGGUCCAAAGGGCUGACUCGGCCGGCCUGCAAAUCGCCCUGCACGCCAUUGGCGACGCAGCCAUCAAGAACGCGGUGAAAGCGCUCGCAGACCACGCCACGCCCGGCCGCCGGCACCGCCUCGAACACAUUGAGAUGGCGUCCCCCGAGGAUGCGAAGCACUUGGGCGAGCUGGGCCUGACGGCCUCGAUCCAGCCCGUCCACGCAGACCCCGCGAUCCUGCGAGCGUGGCCGCGGCUCAUUGGCGCGCACCGCUGCGAGCGCGCCUUUGCCUACCGCGAGUUCGCCGACCACGGCGCGCUCCUUGCGCUGGGGAGUGACAGUCCUACUGCGCCGUGGGCGCCGCUGCAGAACGCCUACGUGGCGACCACGCGACGGUCGGCGAGGGAGCCGGGCUACGACGUGGUCGUCAACGAGCAUUUCAAAUUGGGUGUAUGCGAAGCCAUCACGGCCGCCGCAUUCGGAACCGCAAAGAGCGUGUUUGCUGAAGAUCGGAUCGGGUCCUUGCAGAUUGGCAAGCGCGCAGACUUUGUGGUCGCCGACAUGGACUGGACGCCGCAGGGUCUCUUGGAGGGCGAGAUCAGGGCCACCUGGUUCGAUGGGCGGAGGGUUUGGGCGUCUUCCGAUGUGUAA